AAUCUCGGUCGCUGUUUACUAGUUGAACGGCCGAGAUUUCACCACGACGGACACUCGCGCCGCGCCCACUUCCCUGGAGGCUCCGGCAAUGGCGACGCACCGCCUCCGCCUCCGCCUUCCUCCGUCGCCGUCCCCCCGCCUCCUCCGCCCCGUCUCCCUCCCCCUGCCACCGCCGCCUCCGCGCCCUCUCCUCGCCUCCACCCGCCCUCCGGCGCCUCAUCCUCCUCUCCCCAGCUCCGACCCCGUCGAAGCCAACAGCGAGGCGGCGGCGGCGUUGGAGGAGGAGGAGGAAGGGUCCGUGGCGAGCGUGGGAGCGGGAGGGUACCCCGGGGGCCUCCCGGCGCAUCUCCGGGCGGCCCGCGCGGGGCUGGGCGACCCGGCGUUCUUCCUCCUGGCCUUCGUCGCCGUCACGACGUCGGCGGCGUUCACAAGCAUGGUGGCCGUGGCAAUCCCUACGAUGCUAGCUAUGAGGAGAGCUGCAAAUUCAUUUACUUUGCUCGCUGAUGCAGCUCUUGAGGAGUUACCUAGUACAAUGGCAGCUGUAAGACUUUCUGGCAUGGAAAUUAGUGAUCUCACCCUUGAACUUAGUGACUUGAGCCAGGAGAUAGCAGAUGGUGUGAACAAGUCAGCCAAGGUUGCUCAGGCGGUGGAAGCUGGUCUAGGGCAAAUGCGUGAUCUGGCGCGGCAGCAGGCAGCAUCAAUGAUUGAAGAGCGAGCAAACUUGCAAACCAUCCCAAAUGCAGCUAAGAAGUCAAGUGGUUCUUCUACCCGGCAGCGGCGACAGGAGAAAGGACCAUUCACCAGAUAAGAGAGGAAUCUUGUCAUCCUGAAGACGUAUGAAUUUCUGUCCCCCUAGCUCAAGGAUUUCUAGCUACAAGUAGCUUUCUCCUUUUUUUGGUUGGUAGCUUGUAAAUGAAAUGUACGUUCAGUGCAUCAAGGUUGUUGUUACUGGAUAAGUUUAUGCGCUGCUUGACUGCCGAUGCGAUGAAGUCUCCUGCAAAUGCAUUAUGAAUUUGCCAUACUAGAAGCCAGAAUAACGUCAGACGACUAACACAGA